AUGGUUAAAGCCCAGCAGAUCCCAACUGCUGCAAUCAGUCAAGGAAGUCAGCCCAGCCUUCCUCCAAUCAAUCUUGGAAGCCCCUUAUCUAGUGGUUCCAAGCCCAAAUCCAAAACAGCCCAGUCAGCACAAUCAAAAUCCAAGGCUAAGUCCAAAGCUCCUGCAGCUCCGACUCAGCCCAAAGACCAUUCACGGCCCAAAUCAAAAUCCAAAGCAAAGGCUAAGCCCAUUUCUCCUCCUGUUCAGCCCAAAGCUCAAUCAAAGGUCAAGCCCAAACUAUCCAGAGAAGAACUGCUCCAGUUAGCCCGACAAAUUACAGAUCAAGCUGAAGCCCAAUCUGCUUCCAGUUCAACCCAUUCAGAAGAAGGUUCAGACAGUGCACACUCUUCUGAAGAAUCAACUAAUCAAUACUCAGGACCCGAGUAUGUAGUUUGUAGUGUUGCUAUUGUGUACAUAUGGAUAGACCAGUAUGGUUGUUCGCCUCCAUCAAGCCUUCACAUUUGCACAAUUGGUUGA